CCCGGAUAGUUGUGUUAUCUCGCGUUAUACAAUCCGAGGCUAUUUUUGUUAUCCGUUUUUUUUUUGACAUCAGAAAGUGAUAUAUCUCUCAUAGGAACAAUAGAAAAGUUAAAGUAUGCGGUGAAAAGUGACAUCCGGACGGCAUGUUUCCAAAGACAUCGAAGAGACGAACUCCCUCUCAUGAGAAAAAAGGGAGUUCCCCGGAUCUGCUGCCCUCGAUAAUGGGCGCCUUCGAUGAGCUUUCCGGCAGGAGCUGCAUCGAGAAGUCAACGCAAUCCUCGACUUGUCCGAGACGCAUCUUCCAGGUGAACAACUUCAAUUUGUCGCCGAACGUGAAGAAGAUCAUCGCGAAUAUACCGGACGACGAGACUGCCGCCGCUCAACAGGAGAUUUACCACCAGAAGAGGCUGAGCAGGAUCAGCCUGGGUAGCAAGAAGACGUCACCGGAGAUAAGGAGUACCGAGAACCUGGAGAAGCUAACUGUGUCUCUGCAGAAGAUUCUGUGCAACCUAUCGGACAGCGUCGACGGCAGGAGGUGCGGAGGCGGCGGCGUGCGUGUGGAUGAAAGUGCAGAAGACGAAGAGGAGAGCGUUCUGAUGAAAAGUGCGGCGGCUACGAAACCCAGGCACCUGUGCCACUCGAAAAGUGCGUCCAGUGGAUUCGAGAGCGAGGAAUUCGACACGAACAACAAACCGCUCGGCAGCUACAUGCAUAAGUCACCAUCUGGGAUCGCCUCGAGGACGCCAGUCGGAAGGAAGAACAUGGGAAAAUAUUUACAAAUUCCCAGCGAAAGUACCAACAGUACUCUGUCCUCAGAGGUAUCACGUCCGGUCUCACUGACCAGCCUGGGUUCGUGUUCGUCCAGCGGCAGCAGCGGUCUCCAUCAACAGGGUUCAGCCUAUUUGGCGUCCGCGGAAAGUCUAGACAGCGACGUCGAGCCCACAGGUAGCCAGGGUUCGGCAGACAGUGGUAUUUCCGAUUCAACGACGACGAUGAGCCCCGAACUGCGGGUACUCCAGGAAGUCCUCGACACGGAAUCCGUCUACGUCCAGGAUCUUCGACAAGUCAUCGAGGGAUAUUUGGAGCCUUGGAGAACCGAAUGCCAGAUCCAAGGCCAACUGAAUCACCUGUUCAGCAACAUCGAGGAAAUUUACCGGUUCAACAAAUCUUUUUUGCAACAUCUGCUUUCGGCUAAUUGUGAUCCCAGCCAAAUCGCCAAUGUCUUCUUGCAGAACGACUCGGGUUUUUCGAUUUACACGGUCUACUGCACGGACUAUCCGCGAACGAUGAACGUCCUCACGGAGCUGACGAGCGACGAAAAGACGGCCGUUCUGUUUCGUGAGCGACAGACGGCCCUCGGCCACGCUCUUCCCCUGGGCUCCUAUUUGCUGAAGCCAGUACAAAGAAUUCUCAAGUACCAUUUGUUGCUGCAGAGGUUGUCCAAGCAGUGCGAGAGUAAGCACAAGCCCACUGUUGAUCUUGCUUUGGCGACGAUGACGAGCGUCGCGGCGCAUAUAAACACCAUGAAGAGGAAGCACGAGGAGGCCGUACGGAUCCAGGAGAUCCAGAGUCAACUUUACGGUUGGAACGGUCCCGACCUGACCGCCCUUGGCGAGCUGAUAGCCGAAGGAACCUUCAGAGUUGGUGGUGCACGUGGGCGGAGACACGUCUUCCUCUUCGACAAGCUGUUGCUGAUGGCCAAGAGCAAACCCGACGGCGCCUUCGCUUAUAAGACCCACAUUAUGUGCUCGAAUUUAAUGCUUGUCGAGCAAAUCCGAGGAGAACCUCUCUGCUUCCAUGUAUUGCCCUUCGAUAAUCCCCGAUUGCAGUGCACUUUGAGAGCGAGGACUCUACAAAUCAAGAAGGAUUGGACGCAACAGAUUAAGAGAGUAAUUUUAGAGAAUUACACGGCAGUUAUACCCAUGCAUGCUCGACAACUGGUGAUGGAAUUGGGUCAGGAGGUAGAGGAAACCCCAGAAGAUGAAGGAAAUGAGAAGUGGUCACCAAUAAAGCAGCAUUCCACGCCACAGUACUUGGAGAGGAGAAGUCGAGUGCGGAAGACUAGAGAUUUCACGAAACGACGUGCCGCCUCCCAAGACCGACCUUUCCAGUUGGGCAGUUGGCGACGGAAAAGCGACCCAAGCGGCAUUCAGUUUUAUAACACGAAAACGAUGCCCAAGAAGAUUUCCAAAAUAAAGAAAGCCAAAGAGUGCGCUACCGUCUUCUACACGGAUCUGUCGGAUUCGGAGAAUUGUGAUAUGAUCGGUGCCUCCAUCGAUAGUCUGAACGUGAUCAAAGAGCGUGGUAAGAGCUACGAAGACUUGGAAGAAGCGAAGACGGAGCAGCAAACUAAGAACAUCGCGCAAGUGGUGAACGAUUUGCUGAUGAGCAACGAAGAAUUCCAAAAACGGUUGCAAAGACAACGGUCGCGGCGCGAGAGCGCCGAAGAGAAACUCAGCAAGUCAGAUUCGCUACCUCGAUCUUUCCAGUUGAAUCAACAGAGCCAACCCACCUGCAGCCUGACCAUCUCCGAGUCGACGACUUCGCUGCAAGAGAAAAUACCCGAAAUCGAAGAAAACGACUCCAGAACCACCGAGGAUUAUCCAGAGCACAAAAUAUAUAGGAAAUCGAAGAUCCGGACCAGCUUAAUACAGAAAUUCCGAGUUAUCCUGAGCGAGGAACAGAAAAAGACAAAGUCGCCAACGUACAAACAAGGGUCAAAGAGCAUGGGCGCAAAGAUCGCCAACCCAGAUUACGCUGAUCCUCAAAAACUGUUUCCGAAUCCAUUGGAAGCGAACACGCAUACAGCCGAACCGACGAACCUCAUGAUCAGCGACCUUGACAUGGAUAUGACCAUCAAUGAGACCGAAGUACUUAAGGAGCUGGACAAGAGGCUCAGCCAGAACUCUCAGAUCAGUCUGUGCAAGUCUAGUCACAACGAUAGUAGCAACAGCAAGGAGAUCUUCAACUCUAGUCACAACUCCGACAGCUACUACGAGAGUCUGCUGGAGAAGAGCCUCAACGAUGAGGAGAAGAAUAUCGAGAAGAGCGACAGCUUUCGUUCGGCGGUCCGGCCUCAGUCGACGACGUCGUAUCUUAAGCACCAGGAGGCGUUGAGCAGAACGCCGCCGCCUCCGAUCCCGACCAAACCCAAAUACUUGAGCAAAAAGAGUACAAAAGUCGACAAUAAAAAUUGCGGGAACAGUGAGCAUCUAAAAGGCUGGGUGAAGACGAUGGUGGACAGAUUCGAAUAACCACUAUUCUUUUCAAUCAUUUCUACUUAUUAAAUACAAAAAAUAUCAACGUUUGCAGGACCCUCGCCAACGUUCUAAUAGUAUUAGAUAUCCAACAAAAUAGGACUUGAGUCUGGUCCUGCCUUACAAUAAAACAUAUUAGAGUGAAUAUGAGUACGAGAUAGAGAGAGUAAAGAAUUAAGAAAAUUCUAUUAUAUUUUCUAGGCUGUUUUUAGCUUUAUCAUAUCUAUUUUUUAACUGUAAUUGUUAAAAGAUGUGAACGAUUUUAUCCAAGUUAUUACUGUAUUCGAAGAAAGGAAAAGUGUUGUUUCAGUGCCAAAUAUUUUAAGUACUAGUUUUAUAGUAGAUUAAGAUAUUUACGAAUGGAAAGUUUACGUAUCAUAAUAACUUGGACUAUUGUAAAUUAUU